CGCCGCUCUGCAGCUCUGUUGCCAACAUGUCUGAUUCGACGGCAACUUGUCAGAUAUUUGAAGUGGCCAUUCACACCUCACCUGGCCCCACCUGUGGAACCUUCAGCCGCCUGUGGCUCAGCCUCGUUGGUUCAGAGGGUGAGACUACACCUACCAGUGUAAACGAUCAGCAACAUCUCCUGCCUGGAUCGACCUGUCUGAUCCAGGUCCGGGCUGACGGUCCACUUGGUACUCCGGUUCUAGUUCAGCUUCGUCUGGAGAAUCGGGCCGGAUUCCCAGACGUGGGCUGGCGCUGCAGCAGCGUCGAAGUGUGCAGGUUGUCUGAAGGUCAGGGUUCAGCUCCAGAGGAUCCAGAGACGCAGGUGUUCCUGUGUGACAGGUGGCUGAGACCAGCAGAUGGCGUAGUGGAGCUACGAAGUGGAAAAUUGUGUUUGCUGAAGGACGAGACUGAAGAGAAGCUGAAACAGCAUCGUCUUAGACAGCUGAAACACCACCAGGAGCUCAUCAGGUGGCGUCCGUUUGUUGAUGGCACUCCACAGUGUGUUGAUCUGAAAAGUGCAGCUGAACUCGGUCCAAACCUUAGCUACACACACAACAGUCCACCCCUCAACAUGCAUUACCUGAAAGGCUUUGCAGGCCGACUGGAGGCUUGGACCAGUUUCUCAGAGCUGGAGAAACUUUUUGCACACAUCGGACACAAGAACAACAUUGCCAGGUUUCUUAAAGCUCACUGGAAGGAGGACUGGUUUUUUGGCUAUCAGUGUCUGAAUGGCAGCAAUCCCCUGCUGCUGUGCCAGACCCGCAUCCUCCCUCCAAACCUGGCUGUCACCUCUGACAUGCUCCUCCCCUUCCUGCCCAAAGAAUCCUCACUCGAGCUUGAGCUACAGAAAGGAAGCAUUUUCCUUCUGGACUAUGAGGUUAUGAAUGGAGUACCAGCCAACAUUGUCAAUGGAAAGCAGACCUAUAUGGCCGCACCCCUGUGCCUCCUUCACCUGAACCAGGAGGGACAGCUGGUCCCCAUCGCCAUCCAGCUACACCAGACGCCGGGCCCUCAGAAUCCAGUCUUCCUGCCGUCUGAUCCCAGCUGGGAUUGGCUGCUAGCUAAGACCUGGGUUCGCAGCGCAGACGUCCACUGUCACCUGCUGAUCUCUCAUUACCUGCGGACCCACAUGAUGGGGGAGCUUUGCUGCGUUGCUACGCUGCGACAGCUGCCGGAGCUGCACCCGCUGCAUCAGUUGCUGAUGCCACAUGUCAGGACGUCGCUGCAGAUAAACCUCCAGGCCAGAGCGUCGCUGCUGGCUGUAGGCGGGGUCUUUGAUCAGGCGGUGGGUUCUGGUAUGAAGGGCAUGUCGACUCUCUUCGGCCGAGCCUCCGCCAGGAUUCGGUACCGGUCUCUGUGUGUUCCUGACGACCUGUCCGACCGCGGCGUGGACAAACUGCCAAACUGCUUCUAUGCUCAGGAUGCGCAGAGAAUAUGGGAUGCCCUUCACAGGUUUGUCGUCAGCUGGGUGGAUAUGUAUUACUGUGAAGAUGACGAUGUCCAGAAUGACUCAGAGCUUCAACACUGGAUCACAGAACUCAACACACACGGAUUCACACACUCCUCAGGCUUCCCUCAGCGUUUUCACACCAAAGCAGAAAUGUCCAAGUUUGUCACCAUGAUCAUCUACUCGUGUUCAGCUCUGCAUGCUGCCGUCAACUUCUCCCAGCUGGACUUCGCUCUCUGGAUGCCGAAUUAUCCGCCCUGCAUGAUGCGUCCUCCUCCACAGGUCAAAGGUGCCGUGACAGAGGACGACAUUAUGUCCUUCCUCCCGGAUGUCAACUGCACCUGUCGUUUCCUGAUGUCUUUGACCAUGCUAUCACAACCUGCCGUCAACUUUGUUCCUCUGUGUCACUACAAGGAGGCCAUCUUCAGGGUGGAUGCCCACCACGGACUGGUGGAGGAGGUGCAGGCUCAGCUCAAGGCCAUUGCUGAUGACAUCACAGAACGUAACAGCGGGCUGGAGCUGCCGUACCCGUACCUGAACCCUGCACUCAUCGAGAACAGCGUUGCCAUAUAAAACCACUGCUGUCAACACAAUCUGCAGAUGUUAUUCUUAUCAAUCUCUCAUUUAAUAAAACAUC